AUGGCACAAGUAGGCACGCCCGUACCAUCGACAGAACCAUUGCUUCUUUUACCUGGCAACCCUUAUCCCAUCAUUUGGGGUGAGAAGACAACUGACUUCUCCUGCAGAUUCUGCAUGAAAACUUUUUACAAUAAGAUAGCGUUGCAAAAUCAUUAUAAGACACAACAUGAUGAUGAAGUCAUUAACAGUGACUUGGAAGAGCAGCAGCUACCUGCGCGGCACAAUGAUCAAAACAUUAAUGGACUAUGCGGCUUCAAGUUCAUUCCGUUAAAGAAAAACAAUGAUGAGCACACCGUAGAACGCGAUGGUUUUAUCUUGCGUACAUUUUCCGAAGACACGACUUACCUAAUUAUAAAAAUUGAAAGAAACGACCUGUGUAAGGGAGUCAUGAAGCGAACACGACUCGAAGGUGAAGUGAAGAGAACACAAAUGAAACCGAAACCGCCGAUUGAUGUCAGGGGACCAUUUACUUGCACAUUCACUUCGUCCCAGCGACCGGACCUACAGUGUCGUCAGAUCUUCUUCAACUGCUGUGAUUAUUCAGUGCACUAUCGGGAAGAGCAUACUAAAAGACGGAAGGCGGCAUUGCGCUGUCAGCCCGUGCAAGACGACGACGCGUUGUACUGCGCAUCCGACCUGACUGGCGCUCCCACUGCUAACCAAAUCCCGUUCUCCUAUCAGUCACAAGUAUUAAAUAAUACCGAACCACAUCCUAUCAUUGUGAAAUUACCUCAACAGAAAAUGUAA